AUGGCCAAUAACUACGAGGUUGGGACUGCGGCGUGGCAGCCUGACCCGACAGAGGGCUGGGUUGCUUCGGAGGUAAAGGAGAAGAACGUCGAUGGGGACAAAGUGACGCUUAUCUUCUUGUUGGAGAAUGGUGAGUCCAAAACCGUCGAGACCACCCUCGCAGAAUUGCAAGUACCGAACAAUCCGUCGCUACCGCCAUUGAUGAACCCGGCGAUGCUCGAGGCAAGCGAAGAUCUUACGAAUCUGUCACAUCUGAAUGAGCCUGCUGUCCUGCAGGCUAUCAAAUUAAGAUACUCACAAAAAGAAAUCUAUACGUACAGUGGUAUCGUUUUGAUCGCAACGAAUCCUUUCGCCCGGGUAGACUCGCUCUAUGUCCCUCAGAUGGUACAGGUUUAUGCUGGGAAGCAACGUGCUUCCCAAGCUCCGCAUCUCUUCGCUAUCGCCGAGGAAGCUUUCGCGGAUAUGCUGCGAGACGGGAAAAAUCAGACUAUCGUCGUGUCCGGCGAAUCUGGAGCUGGAAAGACUGUUAGUGCCAAAUAUAUCAUGAGAUAUUUUGCUACGAGAGACUUCUCAGACCAGCCAGGCCGGUUCACGACAGGCCGGUCAGAGACGAUCAGUAAGACCGAAGAGCAGAUUUUGGCUACCAAUCCCGUCAUGGAAGCCUUCGGUAACGCAAAGACCACAAGAAACGACAAUUCGUCACGAUUUGGAAAAUAUAUUGAGAUCAUGUUUGAUGAGAAGACGAACAUCAUUGGCGCCAAGAUACGAACUUACUUGCUGGAGCGCUCGAGGCUCGUUUUCCAGCCUCUGAAAGAACGAAACUACCAUAUAUUCUAUCAACUAGUUGUUGGUGCUACAGACGUCGAGCGCGAGGCUCUUGGGCUGGUCUCCGUGGAGGACUUUGAUUAUUUGAACCAAGGAUCAACCCCUACAAUCGACGGCGUCGAUGACAAGGCAGAGUUCGAGGCCACAAAGAAAUCAUUGACCACCAUUGGUGUUCCUGAAGAGACUCAGUCCUCCAUAUUCAAAAUCCUGGCGUCACUGCUCCAAUUAGGAAAUGUGAAGAUUACUGCAACACGUACAGACUCCACGUUAUCACCGAUAGAACCGUCGCUGGUAAAGGCUUGUGAGAUGCUGGGCAUCGAUGCCAACGAGUUCGCGAGAUGGAUCGUGAAGAAACAGCUUAUCACCCGUGGUGAGAAGAUUACAUCCAACCUCACUCAGCAGCAAGCCAUUGUUGUCCGAGACUCCGUGGCAAAGUUCAUUUACUCAAGUCUGUUCGACUGGCUCGUAGACAAGAUCAACCGAGCUCUAGCUACCGACGAGGUCAUGAGUCAGGUGAAAUCCUUUAUUGGUGUUUUGGAUAUUUACGGUUUUGAACAUUUCGCAAAGAACUCCUUCGAACAGUUUUGUAUCAACUAUGCGAACGAAAAGCUGCAACAGGAAUUCAAUCAACAUGUCUUCAAGUUGGAGCAGGAAGAAUACGUGCGCGAACAGAUUGACUGGACUUUUAUCGAUUUCUCUGACAAUCAACCUUGUAUCGACCUGAUCGAAGGCAAACUUGGUAUCUUGUCUCUUCUUGAUGAGGAGUCCCGGUUGCCAAUGGGCUCUGACGACCAGUUCGUUACCAAACUUCACCACAAUUUUGCAGCGGAUAAGCAAAAGUUCUACAAGAAACCUCGAUUUGGCAAAUCCGCGUUCACUGUUUGUCAUUAUGCCAUUGAUGUUACUUACGAAUCGGAGGGUUUCAUUGAGAAGAACAGGGACACUGUGCCUGACGAGCAUAUGGAGAUUCUCAGGAAUUCCACCAAUUCAUUCGUCAAGGAGGUAUUGGAGGCUGCCUCUGUCGUUCGUGAGAAAGACUCAGCAGCGGUUGCUUCCAAGCCCGUGGCUGCUCCUGGCCGACGAGUUGGUGUUGCAGUGAACAGGAAACCCACACUGGGAGGAAUCUUUAAAUCGUCGCUCAUUGAACUCAUGCAUACAAUCAACUCGACAGAUGUACACUAUAUUCGAUGUAUCAAGCCAAAUGAAGCUAAAGAAUCCUGGAAAUUCGAAGGUCCCAUGGUUCUGAGUCAACUCCGAGCCUGUGGUGUUCUUGAAACCGUGCGAAUCAGUACUGCCGGUUAUCCCACACGAUGGACAUACGAAGAGUUUGCUCUCCGAUACUACAUGCUCUGCCAUUCUUCUCAAUGGACAUCAGAAAUCAAAGAAAUGUGCCAUGCGAUCUUGCGAAAGGCGCUUGGGGAUAUAAGCCAACAGAAACAAGACAAGUAUCAGCUCGGUCUGACCAAGAUCUUCUUUCGGGCUGGUAUGCUUGCCUUUUUGGAGAAUUUGAGAACUUCCAGAUUGAACGAGUGUGCAAUUAUGAUUCAGAAGAACCUCAAGUGCAAGUACUACAGGCGUCGCUAUCUAGAGGCUCGCGAAUCUAUCUUGACCACUCAAUCCGUCAUUCGUGGUUUCCUGGCCAGACAACGUGCCGAUGAGAUUCGUCAGAUCAAGGCAGCUACCACAAUCCAGAGAGUUUGGAGGGGUCAAAAACAACGAAAGGGGUACAACGAGAUCCGUGGCAAUAUAAUUCUCUUCGAAUCAAUUGCCAAGGGUUUCAUUCGACGACGGAACAUUAUGGACACCAUCCUCGGCGAUGCAGCAAAGAAAAUCCAGCGUGCAUGGCGUUCGUGGAAGCAGUUGCAUGAGUGGCGCCAAUACCGCCGAAAGGUCAUCAUCAUCCAGAACCUGUGGAGAGGCAAGAAAGCCCGACGCGAGUAUAAGAAAUUGCGUGAAGAAGCUCGUGAUCUCAAGCAGAUUUCCUACAAGCUUGAGAAUAAGGUCGUUGAAUUGACCCAAUCUUUAGGCUCGUUGAAACGCGAGAACAAGACACUCGUAGGCCAGCUCGAGAAUUACGAGAGUCAGCUCAAAUCCUGGCGUAGCCGCCAUACUGCUUUGGAGACACGCUCUAAGGAACUUCAGGCUGAAGCCAACCAAGCUGGAAUCACAGCCGCUCGUCUAUCAGCCAUGGAAGAGGAGAUGACCAAGCUUCAGCAAACUCAUACCGAAGCCCUAUCUACCAUCAAGCGUCUGCAGGAGGAGGAGCGGACGUCACGCGAGUCGAUUCGUGUCGCUGACCUUGAACUCAAGAAAUUGAGGGAAAUAUCCUCAAUCCACGAGGAUGAAAACUCUUCUUUGCGAAGUCAAUUGACAGAGCUUCAAGAGCAACUAGAAAUUGCAAGGAAGUCUGCUCCUGUGAACGGCGUUCCUGGGGAACUGCAGAACGGCGCUGUUACUCAAACUCCUAUGAACGGUCUUAUCAACCUUGUAUCGUCCAAGAAGUCUAAGCCUAAGCGCAGGAGUGCUGGGGCUGAGAAGAUCGAAACAGACCGGUUCAGUGGUGCAUAUAACCCCCGACCAGUAUCCAUGGCGAUCCCCAACUCCGCCAUGGUGCGUCAAGCUGUGUCGGGAGCAAACUUUUCUCCCAGUGUCGACUCUAUUGAAAGCGAGCUAGAGAAUCUCCUUUCAGGGGAAGAGGAAUUGAACGAAGAAGUCACCAUGGGUCUCAUUCGUAACCUCAAAAUUCCGUUGCCUGGGGCGAGUCCUCCGCCCACCGAGAAGGAAGUCCUAUUUCCUUCUUACCUUAUUAAUCUCGUCACAUCUGAGAUGUGGAACAACGGAUUUGUUAAGGAGUCGGAACGCUUCCUGGCGAACGUCAUGCAGUCCAUUCAGCAGGAAGUCAUGCAGCACGAUGGUGAGGAAGCCGUCAACCCUGGUGCUUUCUGGCUUUCGAAUGUUCAUGAGAUGCUCUCGUUCGUAUUCCUGGCGGAAGAUUGGUACGAAGCUCAGAAGACGGACAAUUACGAAUAUGACCGUCUUUUGGAGAUCGUCAAGCACGAUCUUGAGAGUCUUGAAUUCAACAUUUACCACACAUGGAUGAAAGUUCUUAAGAAGAAGUUGUAUAAGAUGAUUGUGCCAGCUAUCAUUGAAUCUCAAUCUCUCCCUGGAUUUGUUACGAGUGAAACGAACCGGUUCCUGGGCAAGCUCUUGCCAUCGAACAACUCACCCGCUUACAGCAUGGAUAACCUUCUCAGUCUUUUGAACAAUGUAUUCAAGGCAAUGAAGGCCUACUACCUCGAGGACACGAUCAUCAACCAGACAAUCACAGAACUCUUGCGACUUGUCGGUGUCACUGCAUUCAAUGAUCUGCUCAUGCGCCGAAACUUCCUCUCUUGGAAGCGUGGUCUGCAAAUCAACUACAACAUCACCCGUAUCGAAGAAUGGUGCAAGAGUCAUGACAUGCCCGAAGGUACUCUUCAAUUGGAACAUCUCAUGCAAGCAACUAAGCUUCUCCAGCUCAAGAAGGCUACAUUGAACGAUAUCGAGAUUAUCCAGGAUAUCUGCUGGAUGCUUUCGCCUACUCAAAUUCAGAAGCUGUUGAACCAGUAUCUCGUCGCAGAUUAUGAGCAGCCCAUCAACGGAGAGAUCAUGAAGGCAGUCGCGUCUCGCGUAACCGAGAAGAGUGAUGUCCUUCUCCUCACGGCAGUGGACAUGGAUGACAGCGGACCAUAUGAGAUUGCUGAGCCACGAGUCAUCACGGCUUUGGAGACCUACACACCUUCAUGGCUGCAAACACCUCGACUGAAACGUCUCGCGGAGAUAGUCUCAGCUCAAGCAAUGGCGCAACAAGACAAAAUCGACGUGACAGAGAACGGUGCAACGACAGAUACUGAGUAG